AUGGGGAAGCUUGACGAAGGUGAGGUCCCAGAGACCGUACCACUAAACCGACCGCGGUUGGGCUCUACCGCAUCUCACUCGUCCUCGGACUCGGGGCUCUCGAUCGCCUCCGCAGCCUUUAUCGAUGCUCACAAGGGCGAGUUCGCGGCCGCCGGUGGAGAGGAUCAACGAUACCGAGAUCUGGAAGAUGGCGCUGAACCGGAAAGCGAUGAGCCCUUCCUGCACUCGGCCACGACAAAGACGAGAGCAGUCUCUGGUCGUCGCUGGUGUUUAUUGGGUCUUCUCGUCUGCGUGGUGAUGGCCAGCGGCUGGAUCGUUGCGUUUGUCGCCUUUCUCGUCCAGGGACGCAAUCCAGCAGCGGCGGUAUCCUCGCAUUCUCAGAUCGAAGUGCACGAGCCGGACUCUGCCACGGGGGGUACCAGCUAUGGAAAGCCCGUGACGCUGAAACAAGUGCUUAUGGGCCAGUGGUUGCCCCAGUCGCAUGCAAUUGCGUGGACGGCCGGACCAAACGGCGAAGACGGACUCUUGAUCGAGCAAGGUGAAGACAAAGAUGGGUAUUUGCGGAUUGAAGAUAUCCGGGACCGCAAAGAUGGAUCUGACGGCUCGAAUGCGAAAGUACUGAUGAAGACUUCGAGAUUCCUGGUCGGCACUACCCCCGUCACUGCGUCUCGGAUCUGGGUGAGCCCGAACCAUGAGAAGGUCCUCGUCCUGUCUGACUAUAAGUCGAAUUGGCGACACUCGUACUAUGGAAAUUAUUGGAUCUUCGACGUGGCAACUCAGACCGCCGAGGCCUUGGAUCCAGAAAACCACACCGGUCGCAUUCAGUUGGCUUGGUGGUCUCCGGAAUCGGAUGCGGUCGUCUUUGUCUGGGAGAACAACGUCUACUUGCGCAAACUCUCAUCUGCCAAGGCCAUUCCAAUCACCACAGACGGCGGCAAGGAUGUGUUCAACGGCGUGCCAGAUUGGGUAUAUGAAGAAGAGGUUUUGUCAGGUAAUGGGGCAACGUGGUGGUCCCUGGACGGCAAAUUCAUUGCCAUGCUGCGUACCAACGAGACAGACGUCCCCGAGUAUCCCGUGCAGUACUUCCUUCAUCGUCCCUCUGGCACGAGUCCUCCAGCCGGUCUGGAGAACUAUCCUGAAGUCCGACAAAUCAAGUAUCCCAAGGCCGGUGCCCCCAACCCGAUCGUCAAUCUUCGAUUUUACGACGUCGAAAAGGACGAGCUGUUCACGAUCGUGAUGCCGGAAGACUUCGUGGACAACGAUCGGAUUAUUAUUGAGGUUGUCUGGGCCCCCGGAAACAAGGUGUUGAUCCGUGAGACAAACCGCGAGAGCGAUGUUGUGAAAAUAUUUUUAGUGGAUGCUCAAUCUCGGAGUGCGAAACUUGUUCGGUCGACAGAUAUUGCGGCCCUGGAUGGUGGCUGGGUCGAGCCCUCACAGUCCACUUGGGUCAUUCCAGCUGAUCCUGAAAAUGGCCGACCAGAUCCUGGAUAUGUCGACACCGUCGUCCACGAUGGUUUCGACCACCUGGCAUACUUCUCCCCCCUGGAUAGUUCAGAGCCUGUAAUGCUCACUUCCGGGCACUGGGAGGUGGUUCAAGCCCCCACCUCCGUUGAUCUGAAGAAAGGUCUGGUCUACUUUGUCGGCACCAAAGAAGGACCAACCCAGCGACACGUGUAUCAAAUCAAGCUUGAUGGCUCCGAUCUCCGUGCUCUGACCGACACCUCUAAGCCUGGAUAUUAUGAUGUCUCAUUUUCAGAUGGCGCCGGAUAUGCCCUUUUAAGCUACAAGGGGCCUGCGGUGCCCUGGCAAGCCGUAGUCAGCACCGGCGACAACAAAAUGACCAAGGAAAUCAUCAUCGAAGAAAACAAGGAGCUCACUCAACAAGUUAAAGACUUUGCUCUCCCAGCGGAGGUCUACAGCACUGUCACAAUCGACGGGUUUGAACUUCAAGUGGUCGAACGCCGCCCUCCACAUUUCAACCCCAAGAAGAAAUACCCCGUGCUGUUCCACUUAUAUGGCGGACCCGGAUCUCAGACGGUAGACCGCAAGUUCACCGUCGAUUUCCAGGCCUACGUCGCCUCCAGCUUGGGUUAUAUCGUGGUCACGGUCGACGGACGUGGAACCGGCUUUAUCGGUCGCAAGGCCCGAUGCAUUGUUCGCGACAACCUUGGCUACUACGAGGCUCGCGACCAGAUCGAGACUGCAAAGAUCUGGAGAAAGAAGCCCUACGUGGAUGAGACUCGUUUGGCAAUCUGGGGAUGGAGCUUCGGUGGCUUCAUGACCUUGAAGGUACUUGAACAAGACGCCGGAGAAACCUUCCAAUAUGGCAUGGCUGUGGCGCCAGUGACAGACUGGAGAUAUUACGACUCCAUCUAUACCGAGCGCUACAUGCACAAGCCCCAGAAUAACCCCGAAGGAUAUAGCAAUUCCACAAUCAGCGAUAUCACAGCCCUAGGCGAGAAUACUCGGUUCCUCAUCAUGCAUGGAGUGGCGGACGAUAACGUUCACUACCAGAACACGCUUACAUUGCUCGACCGAAUGAAUCUACAGAAUAUUGACAACUGGGAUAUGGUGAUGUUCCCCGAUUCUGACCACAGCAUCUACUUCCACAAUGCGCAUACCGUCGUAUAUGAACGCUUGUCAAGCUGGCUCAUCAACGCAUUCAACGGCGAAUGGCAUCGCAUUGCCAAUCCGACCCCGGUGGAGUCAUCGUGGAAGCUGGCGAAGCGUGUCUUCUCUCACGCAUUCUCUUUUGCGUCAUAA